UUUUUUUUUUUUUUUUUUUUUUUUGGAGCCCCAGGUCAACGGUCAAACAAAGAUGCUCCCUCUGGACUGGCAAGCCGUGCAAUGGGACAGCGGAUGCGGGGAUGGCAUCUUUAUAACCAUCAUGCUACACGGCAAACGUUUUCGCGUAUCUCUACUUCCACCUUCCUCCCCCGAUACCAUGGAAGGGCUUCUCAUCUCAAGAUUCGACUCGAUCCCAUAUGAAGAUGAAGAACAAUCUUUCGCCAUUCAACGCGAAAUCGAGUUACUUGUCUACGAGGCUGGAGGAUCGAUCUGGACUCGGCUAGCUCCCCCCACUCUCGACGAGCCAGAGCCUUCGGAUUUGCACUCUCAUCUGUACCCGGAGACCUUCGCCUUCCGCUUCGUUACAAAGGAUGGGAAAUGGGAAUUGAUACCGGACCAAAUAGAAGGAGAACCCGACCACCACCAUCCUUCCGGUAACAGAAUUGUUAACGACAUAGGAUUGCCUCAAUAUUCUUCCAAAGACAUCCGUGUACUCGAAAUCAUCUCUGGGCAGGGGGAUAUCACCAAAGUUGCGGUAGGAGGAACAGAGAUGUGUUGUAAGAGCGGCGAUGAGGCUUUCUUCAAGGGCCUUGAACGCGAAUUCGACUGUCUUCGUACGGUCGCGAGAUCGCACCUCGCUCAUUCGAUUCAAGUACCCAAACUUCUUGGUCUAGUCACAUUGGCGGAGACGGGGGAGAUUAUUGGUAUUCUGGAAGAAUACAUUCCUACAGGGAAUCCAUAUACCCUGGGGAAUCUGGAGGACAAAGAGGGGUCAGAGCAUGAGGGAACGGAGGAUGAGGGAGUGGGGGUUGAGGCAAUAGAGGCUUCGCCGGAAAGAAGGAAGAAGUGGGGGGCUCAAGUCCAGGAGACGGUUGAUUUACUUCAUGAAAUCGGGGUUAUAUGGGGAGAUGGAAAGCCGCACAACGUGCUCAUACACAAGGAAACGGAUGAUGCAUGGGUUGUUGAUUUUGGGGGUGGUUAUACACAUAAUUGGGUCGACGAGGAGUUGAUGGAAUCUCGGCAAGGUGAUGAGCAGGCGGUUGGCAAGAUUCUCGAGUUCUUGGAAGCUCAAUGAGACUCAAUAUGGGGAAUGACAACCCUGUCGUACACGUGUGCCGCAAUGGUUCGUUAGGCUACGAUAUGGGAAUUAGGCCAGAUUAUCGGAAAGCCCUCUUCCACGAAAAGAUUCUGGGUGGGAGUCAUGGCUUUGUUAUGACCCUUGUGAAAUUGUAGAAGAAUGUGCAUGACAAGACAAUCUCGGCCCAUGCCCUCUGGAUCGGGGACAAUCCACCAGUCUAUGUCUUCCCAGCCGAGAACCUUCUGAGCAGAACCUACCUAUCCUUUUGUCAUUCCCACCCUAGACCCAGCAUUCCUUGUAUCGCGGUUAAACAUACUUUUGUCGAGAAAUCAAUGGGGUUAAUAGGGUCCGCGUUGUCUGUUGCAGCGUUGCCCGCUGUAUUAGCAGCAAACGACGUAAAUGCCCGCAGUCGCUUCGAAAAAAGGAUGCAGUUAGGAUUAGAUAUGUUUUCGAUUGCUCGUUAUCGAUAUUUGGCUUGGAUAAAGGGUCCGGUCGGUGGCUUGUGAGAUGUUUUCUAACGUUUGCGUUAGCCCGUUUCAUUGUCUUACACUGUUUAAUAUUUAUAAAGGCCUGCUAACACUUUAUAAAAUAUAACGUGGUUUAUAGGCGAGUCGCCCACUUUCCAUAAAACUUUACACCUUAAUCAUCAAUAACUUAACAACUAUUAAAGAUUCUAC